AUGAAAGCGGACGACUGCUUCUGCGCCACGCGGAAGCUGGAUGCAGCCUCCACAGAGGCCAAAUUUCUGCAGGACCUGGGCUUCCGCAUACUCAACUGCGGCCGCACUGACCUGGUCAAGCAAGCGGUCAGUCUGCUCGGACCUGAUGGCAUUAACAGCAUGACCGAACAGGGGAUGACCCUGCUCAUGUACGCGUGUGUUCGUGGUGAUGAGGCCAUGGUGCAGAUGCUGCUGGACGCUGGGGCAGAUGUCAACAGUGAGGUGCCCAGCUCAGUACACAGGCACCCCUCAGUUUACCCCGACACCAGGCAGGGGACUCCACUCACUUUCGCCGUGUUGCACGGACACGUCCCUGUCGUGCAGCUGCUGCUGGAUGCUCGAGCCAAUGUGGAAGGGGCACUGCAGGAUGGAGCUGAGAACUACACUGAAACACCACUCCAGCUAGCCUCCGCUGCAGAUGAAUGGAGUUCUUGAUGAUUGGUCAAUGGCCACCCUGUUUCAACAAGACUGCAACGUCAGCAAGGAGGUGGAGAAGUGAUGAUUUGAGCCGGAAUAUUGGUGAAGGCGAAGUCAGCGUCUGCUGCAGAUGUUUGGUGAAUGCUUCACUCCGGAACUGCUGCUCUUAUACACAACACUGAGCAAGACAUUGUGACCCCUGGUUUCUAUGACCACCACUGUCAAGAAAUUUGAAUCAGGUGGACUCAUGUCAUUCCAUGUGGAAAAUCAGGGGAGGAAUUUUGUGAAGGCAGUGAGUCCUUCACUUAAGAGCGGAAUUAGAUCUCUCAAUGCCUUAACCAUCAGCCUCUUAGAUAUAGAUAAAGACCUUAUGUAUGUGGCCAAAGAUGAUUUCAAGUUCAGGGAAAUUCGGAGUGCUAUAGUUAACGCCCAGCAGAAGCUGGGGGAGGCUGAGUCGGCUGCAUGCGGGGAACUCAAAUUGGUAGAUUAUCGUUAUGAAAAGCUGAUGGUUAGAAAGGGGAAUCUAUCUAGACAGCAGGAAAGCAUAAAA